UAGACUGACGGCAGUUUGUUUCAUAUCGUUCAGUUCUGCAUUAUGAAUUCGAAUAUAACGGGUUUUUUAUAUGUGAGAACUACUGCAGGGUUACUAAUGUCGCAUAAUGAAACGAAGAAGUAGGGAGAAUGUUCUGAAAAAAAGUACUCUGUGUCGGGUGUCGCUUUUCGGUUCUGUGCCACAUUUCUUGCGUCGGUCGGGAAAACGGCGAGGGGGCUAAAGUGUCUCCUUCGUUUGCGCAGAGACGGCGACGCGGCGCCAUGGCACCGUUAUCGGGAUAUUGGUGAAGGCGAGAAAAUAGUGCAUGAAUGUGGAUGCCAUGGGUACGUUUGAAACUGCUGUGGCCGCGUAUUAUGAAGACGGGGAAGAGGAGGACGACCAGUGUUUGGAAUUCGAACCUCUUCCCACGCUCUUAGAAGACGAGGAGAAUGUCUCUCUCGCGGACAUCCUCUCUUUGCGGGACAGCUGCCUAUCGGAACAGGAGGUGUGGGCAGUGUGCUUGGAGUGUGUCCUCUCCUUGCGUAGCAUUGCCCAUUCACCACUCUUCCACACCCUCUGUAUCACCCCAGACACUCUGGCCUUCAAUGCCCACGGCAACGUCUGCUUCAUGGAACAUCUUAGCGAUGAUCCUGAGGGCUCAUUCACACCACCAGAGUUUGAUAGGACUGGUAACACCUUUGAGGGACACAUAUUCUCCCUGGGGACCACUCUGGCUGUCUCCCUUGAUUUUGUCAUUGAGCCAGAAUUACAGCCGGAGCUUGGCCCAGAGGUUAAAAGGCUACUGGAUCGGAUGCAGCAGGAGAGACCAGAAGAUAGACCAAGCGUCCAGAACAUCAUCGUGCUGGCGAAGGUAAAGUUAAGGAAUGUGUCCUCUUUGAGCAUCUGUCGGAAGUUGUCUGCCAUUGGCCGGCGUGUCCUGUCAAUCGAAUCUGUAGGAACAUUUCAAGAUGGCUUGGAAACAUCAUGUGGAAUUCAUGAACAACAGCUGAAAGCCAAGAGGCAGUUUCACGAACAGAAUCCGGUUACUGGUUUGUCCAGCAUGGAGAACCUCAGUCCUGAUCUUAGCAACACUGAACACAUCGUCCAGUCACAGAGAGAGGAGCAUAUCUUUGACUUGCGCUUGGACAGCAGGUCCCAGAACAGUUCCCCCGUCAGGAGGCGCAUACAGGAAAGGGGUGGGAGGACCAGAGGAGUGCUCAACCGCUCCAGUUCCGUCCCUGAUUCCAACAAUCCGCCGCCAAUCCAGCCUCAACUGGUUGACCUGAAUGCAACUGUAACUGACCUUACGGAAAUAGGCUCAGAGGAAUUUCCUGUCAAUGUAAUCAUCAAGAGUAUGAUGGCUCGCAAGAGCAGACGCAGCCAUCAGUCAGACCAUGAUGAAUAUGAUUGUUCAGCGAAAGAUGGGUGUGGUGAGACCAGGGGAUUGCUGGGAUUUUCUCCUGAUAAAAACCACAACAUUCCUCAAUCAUUCCAUGGCUGUGCACAGGAUCCAGAGAGUGCCCUCUUGAGCAGAAUUUUCAACGGGAAUGCCCCUACUGACUCUGUGUAUAAUGAGACCUCAGUAAAGAGCAUACUCUAUACCAGCAAUCGCAUGACCAAAAGCAUGCUGUGCCUCAAUGAAGAAACUCAGGAUGAAUGGAUCUCCCUGAAGGAGCUGCUCUCUCAUAGCUAUCAGCCUUUGUCAGUGAACGAGCUCUGGGGCCUGUGUUACAUAUGUCUGUCUACACUACAGACUUACAUUGACUACCCAGCCUAUUUAUGCCUGGAAUCUGUUUACAUCAGCUGUGAAGGGGAGAUGCUGUUCCUGAAAACUAAAAACACAGGAUCCUGCGAUGCCUUUUAUCUGGCACCAGAAUUCCAAGAACAUGGAAUUGUUACAGAAAAGGCCUGCGUUUAUGGGGUUGCAGCUAUCCUUUGGUCCACAGCCAAGUUCAAUUUAUCCCCCAACCAAAAAUUAGCAAUGCCAAGAAAACUGAAAAGACUGCUACUGGAAAUGGCAAAGAGAACUCCUAUUGAGAGGCCGUCAAUUGUGGCAGCAAAAAAGAGUUGUCGGGAUUACCUGCUACGCCAGCGUACCACUCCUGAGGAAGUUUGGGCAAAAUUAAUCAACAGGCUUUGCAAGUCAGACCACUGGAAUAAGAAUAUAGGUUCUCCAAGAAUUUUGGACACUAAGAAAAGGUCUGAUAUAAAAGUGUCUUCAAGCAGCAAGAUGGGGUUUGCACCCAUGACUGGAAGGGAUAAGCUGUCUCCUGUCCAGGGACCUGUCCCAAAGCAGUGCUGUGCCACCACAGCCUCCUCUCUCCCCGAUGCCUUCACAUCUUCUGCCACGCAUUUCAAACCCAUUGUACUUGCCCAAGAUGGAACUACUACAAGGGAGACCCUGACCCAGCAAGGAACUGGGGGGAAUAGUGAGUAUGGCAGUAACAAUCAUCUGAAAGCCAAACCAGAAGACAAAGACAAUGCACCCAUGGAGUGUGUGCCACAGGGUCCAAAGGAAGAUGCCAUUUAUCUUGGCUCCCAGGAGAGUGUUUGUUUACCAGAAUCAUCCACUUCCACCAGUGGAAAGAUGUUAGUCAACAGCCCAUCACUGACAACAGCGCAACAUACUGAAUGGGAGGGCCAGACUCUUCCUCAUCACUGCAGCAGUACAUCUGCCUUCUCCACCAAUCAGAUCACUGGCAGCAUGUACAACAGCUACCUCCUGAGGCAAGACCCCAAAACGGGACAGCUGACAUUGUUCCCUGUACACAUUGCUGCUCCAGAGCCCAUUCCUGGCCUGAACAUCAACAUCCCCCCACUAUCAGCCGUACCUAGUGAGCUCGCCUUGAGCUCUGUGGAUCAUGGGGCCCCUAAGACGUCAGCGGGAAGCUGGAGAUCACCUGCUGAAGCAUCUCUCACCUCACUGGCGCCACCACAGAUGGACAGGGCUCCAAAGCACAGAGACUCUGGGGGAGAAGGUGGCAGAGGACAGUCCCUAAGAAGUUUGACUCAGUCUCCUGCAGAACAGCCUCUUUCAACCCAGGUCCAUCCCUCUCUACAGGCGGUCUUGAACCUCAUUAGAGCAGAGUUUGGCUUCGACAGCUAUCUGGAAAAUGGAACAGAGGACCUCAAAAUGGGGGAGUAUAUAUUCUCUCUAAGAGAUCUCCAGUAUGAUACGUUUUGCAGUGCUGUUUCUGAAAAAUUCUUGGAUUUCUGCUGGAAUGAGAAAUUACUAGAAGCACUUUACAACGUGGUGAACGGAAAGCAGACCUCUAUGUCUGCUUGGAGCUCUACAAUGCGACCUAUCUCUAAUGUUCAGCCCUCAUCAAAGGAAGCAGAAAGGGCAGCCACCUCACCCCAGGGUGGAGAGCACAACUACGUAGUGCAAGCAUGGGAGCCGAAUGACGUGAGCUCAGACAGAGACAGCCAUGCAAACACAGGAAAGAUUCUGAGAAGGUCGCUCAGUGCACCUGAGCCCCCAUCUACCUGUGCAACUGUAGAAAAACCAGAGGAACUUCAUAAAGAUCUCAACAUAGGCAAUACUUCUCUAUCUGCUCCUGUGGAAGGAAUAAAAGGUGGAGAGGUGGCCACAGGAGACACAGACUUCAAUGAAAAUUCUGUGGGUGUCGCUGAUGAAAUUCCCCCCAACACUGAGCCCUCAUGGUGGGUGGGAGGGGCAGAGGGAGACCUUGGGAGGGGCUGUCAUGACCAGCGGAGUCUGGACUUCUCAGAGGACAUGGAGGAUACAGACUCCCUGACGUGGGAUGGGUGCUCUCUGUCUGCUGUUGGGGAGCUUGAUGGACAUGGCUGCAGUCCUGGCUGGGCUUUAGCUUUCUAUGGGGGCGACUACUUCAGACAGGAUGUGCUAAAUUAUGUGAAGAAGCUCGGCCAACACAGCGAGGAACCGUGUAUAGAGACCAAACAACAGGAACUUCAUCAGCAGCUUAUGAUAGAGACGAGGAAUCUGAAAAAGACAAGAAAUUUCUACCAAAAGCUGAUGCAUCAAGAGAGGAAAAAUAAAGGUUCAGAUGCCAAAACCAUGCUGUCUAAACUCCAAGUUCAGCUUGAGGAGAUGCAAUCCAAAGUAGAGUUUCUGGACUCUGUGAAGAAAUACCUUGAGGUUUUGUGUAUGGAGAACUGGUGUGUGGAGACGCCCCUCUUGCCCUCACUGGCAGCUCAUGAAGAUGCCCCCCUAGUGCUGAUUCCCUCUGAAGAUCCCUCUGUACUUUGCCUGCAGUCCGCAGUGGGUCGAGGAAGAAGCACCCAGACUGGAAUUAGCCCUCUGCUGGCAGGAACCCCCCUGGGCCUCGUGUCGUAUCUGUACAGCAGAAAUGCAUACCUUGAAGGCUAUGUCCAACAAUUCCUGUAUACCUAUCGUUACUUCUACACCCCAAAAGAAUUUCUGCAGUUUCUGAUGAAUAAACUGAAAAGUACAGUUGGCCAGGAAGCCUCCACUGAUCAAAUGAAGGUGUACCACCGGAGUCGAGACCUACUGCAGAGCUGGAUCGAAAACUGCAGUCAGCUGGACUUUCCCCCAAAGUCUAGCCUUAUGCAGGCUUUGGAGGACUUUCUCACUAGGGAGGUGAUUCCAGUUGACGGUGGGGCAGAGAGCUUACUGGCAGCACUUCAGAGCUCCCCCAAGAAGAGGAAUGGCCGUGCCUUUUCAUCUCAGUGCUGUAAUCACACCAGACUUCAAGAGGAAGAUGACGCCCACUCAGUCCGCACUCUUUGCAAACAGUUAUCAGAGGAUUCUGGGAAAAGAAGUUUUCAGUGGAGGAUCACCAGAGUGCUGGAACCCCAAGCCAUCCAACCAAGAGAAAAGCUCUAUUGUAUCGCAGCAGCCUUGCCUCGUCCCUGCUACAGUUCCCUUGUGGAUAAUCUGUCCAGCUCCUGCCUGAAGACUGAAGAGCGACACCCCUUCUUUCAGAAUGAGCACAGUACCCAGUGCUGUGCUCAACAGCUCACUCUGCUCCAACAGGAAAUAUUUCAAGGUUGUCACCCUGUUCACUUCCUCAACUCCAGAGCACAGGGGGUCCGGGACAAAGCCAUAUGUAUCACAAAACCACUAUCACCUGACUCACCGCCAGUAGAGGGCAGCAGCCUCUUUGUUCAAGAAGCAACAGCGCAAGAUAAACACUUGAUUCAGCUACUGAAGCACGAUGAGAACGUCAGCAACUGGGUGUCAGCUGAAAUUGUCAUCUGUGACUCCAUUAAGGCACAAGCUGGUUUGCUUUCAAAAUUUCUUAUGAUGGCCAAGUAUUGUUACGAAUCAAGAAAUUUUGCCACAGCCAUACAGAUUCUUGGAGGACUAGAGAAUGUCAUUGUGAGACAAUUACCAGCAUGGAAACAUCUCUCUGCUAAAGUAUGUGAGGUCCUGGAGGAGCUGAAAGCGGUGCAGGUUUUUCUAAAGAGCGAUAACCUGUGUCUUAUGGAGGGGGAGCAGUUCAAGAGGCAGCCCACCCUCCCAGCAGCUCUGAUACUGGCCAUGCAUGUCCAGCAGCUGGAGAUUGGGGCCUUCACACUCGCCAGUGGAGCCUACAAGUGGCCAAAGCUAAGGAACAUAGCAAAGGUUGUGAGCCAGAUCCAUGCCUUCCAGGAGAACAAGUUCACGUAUGUCCCUGACCGAGAGCUGCAGACCUACCUGCGCCAGCGCAUCGCCUACCUGAGUGACUGUGACAUUGGGCUCCUGGCUGCCGAGAAUGACACCAAUUUCCAGCAAAUCCUUGCCGAACGUCACUCUAAGAAGAUACAAGACACGCUGCGUAAAGUGAAGGCCACUUUCCAGUGACAUUCCCUCAAAGGCACCACAUACCAUGUCUUAUUGUGACUGCAGGUAUACAUACAUGGCAAACGCAGUGGCUAAUAUUGACAUAUUUCCUUAAGCUCAUGUUAAGAGAUGUACCAUAUUGUAAAACACUGGAAAACUGUAUUGAGAUGCAUAGUUUACACCAAAGGUCACCAGCCUAGAGGAAUUCCAGGUGUUGGGGGAAGGGGCCAUUUAAUAGUAUGCUUUUAGCAUGUUCAUAUAUGUUAUAAAAGACCAGGAAUUUUAGGAAACCAAAACCACAUGCCAAGUCUCUUCAUUUAAGUAAUUUUGGAUUCUUAUAUCGAUAUUAUGCAUAACAGCGCUCAAAGAAAAUGUCUCCCUGAUUUUUAUUGGACUCUUCUCUCACCUUUAACAUCACCUUAUCAGAUGAAAUCUGAAUGCAAGAUAGUGCUGAAAGGGAAAUCGGAUUAAAGUGAAUUAUAACACAUUCAUUAGUGUGUAGAUAUGAUUAUAUUUCCAAAUCCAUGGUCUCAAUCAAAACAAUAAGAAGAAGAAGAAUAAAAGGAGGAAAUAAAUUAUGUUUCAUAAUUCUUUAUAGUUUAAAAAGGGUUACAUUUCUGCACAAUGUAAAAGUUCUGUUUUUGUCACUAAAAAUCACUAAAAUAUUUGGUAUUAAUUUACCAUAUGUAUUUGAUUUAUAAUUGAACUAAUGGUCCUAUCUAUUGCGACUAUAGCCGUCUUAAAAUUGCAAUUCAGUUUGAAGGAAACAGAAUGUAAUUUUAUGUGCUUAAUUUUCUGUUUGUAGGAAAUGGUUUAGUCGAAUUGUUUCUUUUGGAUUUAGUUUGUUUUUUGAAGAUUGAAACCACAUGAAGCUUUUUAUUAAGAUGUCUAUUUUACAUCUUAAUUGGCAUCUCUUUAUCAUCCCAUCAGUUGGUUUAUGGGUUAUUUUGGUUAAAUGUAACAAAUGUAACAUAACAUAAAUGUUAUAGGAAUUUCUUAUUGGAAAAAAAGCAUUACAGUACUUUAUACAUACUAGUACCAUAAUUGUUUUAAUCUUUUCAUAUAAUGUCCAUUUUUAAGACUAUGUAUAAUUCUUCUACUGGGCCUGCAAAUGGUACUUUGAUGUUUCAUUUUCCCACGGCAGACUUCAAAAAGAACUGGACGACAUUAGAGGUUUCUACUUGUAAUCAUAAAAUACAUUUUGUGGAA